AUGAGAGGCACGCUGUCAGCUGCAGGGCACUUGGCAACGUUCCUCAGCGAGCGCAUCGUCCUGCGUCCGAGCAUCGCCGCUUACGGUAGCGUUUCUAAUGGCGCGCUGUCCCUGUCCUGGCAGAUCUUCAUCCGCAGCACAGACUGUGAUCGGACGCUGAUGAGUGCGGAGGCCAAUCUUGCAGGCCUUUAUCCCCCGGAGGGACAACAGAUGUUCAACCCUAACAUCUCCUGGCAGCCUAUCCCUGUGCACACGGUGCCUGAGUUCGAGGAAAGGCUACUGAAGUUUCCUUUGACCCCCUGUCCACGGUAUGAACAGCUGCAGAAUGAAACACGGCACUCGGCAGAAUACAUAAAUAAGACCAAAGAGAGUUGGCAAUUCCUGAAGAUGGUGGCGAAUGAGACUGGGAUGCGGGAUGUCUCUCUCGAGUCUGUUUGGAGUGUGUAUGACACGCUGUUCUGUGAACAAGCACACAAAAUGGAUUUGCCUGUAUGGGUGACACCAGAUGUCAUGACUCAGUUGAAGCAACUAAAAGACUUUGGUUUUGAAUUUCUGUUUGGGAUCCACAGUCGGGUAGAAAAAGCUCGUCUGCAAGGCGGGGUCCUGCUGGAUCACAUAAGGAAAAACCUAACCAAAGCAGCAAAUGUUUCUGCUCACCAGAACCUGAAACUACUUGCCUAUUCAGCGCAUGACACCACACUUGUGGCACUGCAGAUGGCUCUAGAUGUCUACAACAAGAUUCAAGCACCAUACGCCUCAUGUCAUUUAUUUGAGCUGUACCAAGAGGAUGAUGGUGACUUCUCUGUGGAGAUGUUUUUCCGGAAUGAGAGUGGGAGGGAACCUUUCCCACUGACAAUCCCUGGCUGUCAGCAUAAAUGCCCACUGCAAAGAUUCUUGGAACUCACAGAUCCUGUUGUUCCCCAGGACUGGGAGCAAGAAUGCCAGGUAGCAAGCAGCGUACACGACACAGAACUGUUUGUGGGUCUGGCUGUGUGUGGAUCCAUUCUCCUUCUCCUUAUAAUCCUCCUCUUGACUGUACUCUUCCGCAUACAGUCUCAGCCCCCCGGCUACCGGCAUGUUUCCAAUGAGGGAGAAGAGCAGGCCUGACAGUUGCUUCAACUCCUUCCCAGGCAGUAGGAGGGAGCAGUGUUGCCCCUAAGGAUGAUUGGGCACCUUCAGUUACUGAACAUUCUUCUGCUUUGGCCACUGCUUCCCCGAAUGAAGCUGGACUUGAUUUUUGGAUGCUUUCUAAAGGUAACGUCCCAGAGAGAGAGACGACUGAGCUACUCUAAUGGAAAUGACACCUUAAUUCUGAAGCCAGUACACUGUGUGGUGCGCCCAGUCCUCAUACGGCUUACCUAAUCUGGGAUUCCCAACAUGGCCAGUUGGAGCUGGUCAAGAGUUUUCCUCCUUUCAGUGAUUGUAAACGUAACCACUCACCAUGAUGGUGGCAGAGGGGCUUGGGCCUCCAGCAGCUGCCACAUCCAGUGCAGUCAGGAGUUGCAUCUCUCUUCAGGGUCAACCUGCUUUGAGUGCUUUUCUCUCAAGCCGUUGGGCUGAUGACGGUGGGAAGGCUGAGCUUGGAGGAGAGGGCCCAACUCACCAGCAAUGCACCGAGACUCA